AUGAGGACCAGGCUCACAGACAAAAUUUAUGUUUUCGAAGAGAUUCCUCGUCAAGCAGGGCCAACAAGUCGAACACCUCUUUUGGCACCCGAAUAUAGAAGGCAAGAAGAGGAGGAGGAAAGUCUUUGUUCGCAGAUUCUCCUAGUCUUGGUCUUUUUCAUCUUUUUCAUUAGUAUCUGCUUAAUUGGCCUCUGGGUUGGUGGGCGUUGGGGUCGCAGCACUGAACGACUAUGCACGGGUCAUAUUUCACAAUACUCCCCAGUUCUCGAAGACUUGAGCCUUUCGUAUACCACGAUGAGUUUUAAUGGGUCACUUCCACAAUCCAAUGAGUAUCGCCAAGAUGCAGGUCGGGAAGUUGAUGCGGCCUGGAAUGAUUUGGGAAUUAACUAUCGUGACAUCGUCAUUCCUGCAACAUUUGCAGCGAGAUCCGGAAUCACUACUGAUCAUGUAACAAUCAGUGAGAAAUAUGGUGGCGGCUACCCAGCUAAUGUUGAAGGUUUGACCCAUCUUCAUUGUUUAAAUCUGCUUAGACAAGGAUUGUGGUAUAACUAUGACUAUUAUCAAAAGAGAGGAGAAGGCGCUUUCGAGAAUGACAUUCCAAUAUUAAAGCUCCACGUCUCUCGUUGCCUUGAUAUUCUUCGUCAGCAACUGAUGUGUACAGUUGACAUUGGCGUUAUGGGUAAAAUUUGGGUUCAUCCAGAAGCCCCAGAGGCGUAUCAAGAUUUUAAUACAAAACAUAAGUGUCGAGAUUUUGAUGCUGUGAAAAAUUGGGCUGAACAGCGACAAAUUCCCGUGGACGUACCGGUCGACUUUUUCCAGCAACCAGAGGAAGGAGAGAUUGUGUAUUCGACAUAUCCAUGA